AUGGGAGCUCUAGCCAGCGUCUGUGUGGGUGUUGCUCUCACUAACACUGGAGCUGCGGGGACAACUACCCUGGGUGCCUCGAUAGCCACGGCGGCUUUCGUAGUCACGGCAUUCUAUCAGGUCUGGAUUGGAAAGAAGAUGAAGGACUUUGCGGUGUCUAGUCCUCAGUUAUUGCUCAACCAGGCCCCCAUAUCAGUAUUGCUUUUGGCCUUUUUGGCCCCAUUUUUGGAUACUCUCCCCGAUGUGUCGCAUAUUCCGAAUGAUACCCUCAUCGCAUUGUUAUUAUCUGGUGUAGCCGCAGCUUUACUUAAUCUGUCCCAAUUUUUAAUAAUCGGUCGUAUGAGUGCCUUGACUUUUAAUGUUGCAUCUAAUGUAAAAACAAUCAUCAUCCUCUCGUAUGGGUGGAUCAGUGAAGGACGACUCUUGACCAUAAAGGACUCUUUAGGCAUUGUUUUGGCACUUGGUGGUGCUACAUUGUAUUCUCAACUCUCUCAGAAAUAA